CGUGUGUCCCUGCCCUCCUGACUGCGUGGUUAAAGCUCCCAUCGUGGCAUGAUGCUCAGUAUGGUGCUGAACACUGGGAUUUAGCUACUGUAGGCAGAUACCUCAGAGGAAGAACAGAGAGGCCUCUUUUGCUCAUAUUGGGUCUGCAGCAUCAUGGACACAGAAUAUUCUAAGAGAGUGUACCAAGGAGUUCGGGUCAAGCACACAGUGAAAGACCUGCUGGCGGAGAAGCGAUCCCGGCAGACGAACGUCCCGCGAUACAGCGGAGGGGCCACCACUCCACCUUCAUUUGUCCAAAUGCCAGGAUCCCACAUGUUGCCUGGCUAUUAUGGCAUGAGGCGUCCUUUCAUCUCCGACGCAGACUUCUGCCCGUCGACCAAGCAGUUCUCCACCGACGUCUACUCAUCCUCCCUGGGGGGUAAAGCCCUUGGCUGUGAACCUUCCACCAUGACCAGCUACUCCUCCCUCAUCGACAGCUACUACCCCGAGACCUUCGGAGACUACCGGAGCGCCGCAGCCUUCUCCAGCUCGGGAGGAUCCAUCUUCCCUUCAUCAGCCCUGUCCUCCCUGCUGCCUCCCUUCACUGGAGAGUCCUCUCAUCUGUUUCUGAGGGAGUCAUGGGAGCAGUCGGUUCCAGACCCAGUAUCCCAGGUAGAGGCUCUGUGUCCUGACAGCCUGGCCUCCGUCAGCAUCCCGGCCUCCAUGCCCAGCCCGGAGCCCCCGGGGAGCCCUUCCCAGUACCGCUCCCCCAGCCGAGGCUCCUCCAUGGGCCCCGUCUCCACCAGCCAGCCUUACACCCUGCACUCCCUGGAUGACUCCCACUACCACCCCCUAACCACCAGCAGCUCCUAUCCUGCCCCCUCCUCCUUCCCAUGUCCUCCCUACAUGACCAACACCGCUGUCAAUGACCUGGUGUCCAAGAUGGUGACAGAGGAGGCGGCGGAGAGCCACGGCAAUCUCCCUCCCCACAGCGAGGCUCACUCCUCCUGGGCUAAAGAGGACGGAAGCAGCUCCUGGUCGCCCUACGAGGUCAGGAGGUCCUACUGACUGGAUGAGCAGCUCCACUUGUUGAGAAUUUACCUGGGGAUUGGAUUUUUCACAGACAUUAACACAAAUUAGAUUUAGCUGCUGACUUGAAGAGGAAGGAAUACAUCACUGUUGACACCAGAUGUUACGCCAUCAACAAGCACUUGACACUUGACAGCAUAUUGACUCAUUCAGACAGCUAAUAAGUGUUUUAAUGAUGGAUAGGAGGUUGGUAGCCUUUCUUCACCGAGCUUCCCAUGUUAAGGAAUCCCUGAUUAGAUACUGUUUAGGACACUUAUUUAAGAAGAUUUUUCACCAGUGAAACCUCAUCUGAGCAGAUUGUUAGAUAUGGUUUAGAACAGAAUGCCUUCAUCUGUAUGUUCUGCAGGUUGGGAAACAGCACCAUGAAAACUAUGAUCACAAUAGUGAAUCUUAAACCUUAUGGAGAUCACUUAUUGUGAUGAAAAUAAUCAAGGAAUUAAACUAAUCUGCAAACUGCUGGGUGUCCAUAGACCCAGCUUUGGGAUUCAUAAGACCUGUUUGGUGUAAAUUUGCAAGGGGACAACUGAUUAAGGAAAAAAAAAAAAAAAAAAAAGAUCAUGUUAGAUUUCAAAAUUGAAAGCUCUGUUUUGCUUUGUUCAUCUUUUGGCAUGUGAAAUUUUGAUUGCCAAUCAGUUCUAUGGGGGAAAAUAUUAAUCUGAAAAAUAUUAUCAGUACCAUUAAUUACAAACCAAUUAUUGGGAUGAAUUAAUCCCAGUAUUAAGUAAGGUUUACUUUUAGAUUUAGAGAUGAGCUCCUAUCAAGAAUUAACUACAAUUAAGGCUAUACAUAUUCUUGUAUAUAAAAUAUCUGCAUGUACAUAUUCAUACUCCAGAAUAGUUACCAUCAUGACAGGUUUGGAAUUCACAUAGAAAGUCACUCUCCAAGUUUUGAUUAAAGAAGAAGUCUUUUUCUGAUUGAUCCAGGAAUAAAACACUGCAGUAAACAUAAAAUAAACACCAUAUUAUUGUGGAAAUUAUUUUAUUAAACUCCUUAAAAUAAAGUAAAUUAAAGUGCAAGGUAAACAUAUUCUGCCUUGAAGACAAGUCGACAGGGACAAGAAGUUUCCAUUUUUAGCCACUAGAUGGAGCGCCUGUUCCGCGGCUGCAGCACGCGAGAGACCCGCGAGCUGCAUCAACAUGAGGACACGGGAAGCUCCUGCACCAGGGGAGCG